UUGUGCUUUGGAGAUGUUUAUUCAGCGGAGCUACACGUGGGUCUGGUCCAGAGUAAAACAAGAGGACAGAAGCGGUCAGAGAAGCUUCCAGAGCAGCAGCAUGUCUCUGUACCGCAACUCCGCCUGGUUCCUCAAAGGACUGACCGAGUUCACUAAGAAUGGCCACCUGUCAGCAUCCAAGCGAUUUGUGGAGAAGGACCUGGAGGUGUCCGUGGCCGGACGCUCCUUCAUGAUAACCGGAGCCAACAGUGGCAUCGGAAAAGCUACUGCCAUGGCUAUUGCCAAAAGAGGAGGGACGAUCCACAUGGUGUGCAGGAACAAGGAUAAAGCUGAGGAGGCCAGGGCGGACAUCGUCAAGGAGACGGGAAAUAAAGAGAUCUAUGUCCACAUCCUGGACUUAUCUGAGACAAAGAAGGUGUGGGAGUUUGCCGAGGGCUUCAAGAGGAAGUUCAAGGCUCUCAAUGUGCUGAUCAAUAAUGCAGGUUCCAUCAUGAGUCAGCGGGAUGUGAACGCCGAAGGACUGGAGAAGAGCUUCGCUGUCAACGUCCUCGGGGUGUACAUUUUGACCAAGAGUCUGAUUCCCCUCCUGGAGAAGAGCACAGAUCCCAGAGUGAUCACCGUGUCAUCGGGUGGGAUGCUGGUGCAGAAACUCAGGAUAGGAAACCUGCAGUCUGAGAGAGGCCGCUUUGACGGAACCAUGGUCUACGCCCAGCACAAAAGGCAGCAGGUGGUGAUGACAGAGCAGCUGGCAAAGACUCACGCUAACAUCCACUUCUCCGUCAUGCAUCCUGGCUGGGUGAACACUCCAGCAGUGGCCAAUGCUAUGCCGGACUUCCAUCGCUCCAUGAAGGAUAGCCUCCGGACCCCAGAUCAGGGGGCCGACACAGUAGUGUGGCUCGCCAUCUCCGAGGCUGCUACCACAAACCCGAGCGGACGCUUCUAUCAGGACCGAAAGGUGGUGCCCACCCACUUGCCCCUGGCCUGGACCCACAGCUCCCCCCUGGAGGAGCAGAAGCUCGUGGCGCUCCUGGAGGAUCUGGCCAAGACGUUUCAGCCCCACUGAGCCAGAACCACCCCAGAGAGACCAGCAGCACUAACACCAUCAGCUCCUAUUGGUUGAGGCUGGACAGGAAGUACAUCUACGUUAUCCAGAGCACCUCUGUUGGUAUCAUUUGAUGUGGGAUAUAAAAAGAAGAGAUGCUUAAAGUGCUAAGGAGCAUUUUGGAAAUCCACCCUAACAGUAGCAGACUGAAUUUAGAAAUAACCGAGGGAUUUGCAGAUUGGUAACGCUUUAUAACUAAUUGUAAGCUUAGCUUUUUUUUCAGGACUUUAUAUUUUAUAGUGCAGAAAUGUUUUGACAGUGAUGCUGGUUUCAUAUCUGCAGCUGAGAGCGAUGAUUAAAGCCCAAACGCAAAACUAUAACUGUGACUUUAUUAAUGUCAAUCAGAUGGGAAUCUGAUGCGGCCAACGUUACAUUUAUGUGUUCGCUCACCAGCCAUGGGUUCAGCAUCACGCUGGUGUUUCUGUCUCAUGCAUGUGUCCAGUGAUGUGCAUCUAACACCCCUGUAAGUAACCCGUGUGUGUGCCAUGUUGUGUUGUGGAGCUACAGUACAGUGCAAGGCGAACCCAGGCUGGUGGUGAAGCGUUCUCUCAAUAAGCGCAGCAGCAUCACUCGACAUAUGCAACAUAUUUACAAAUCUGUGACUUGAUAUCAGCACCUUUGAAAAACCUUUUUACCCUUCCUAUAACUUUCCUGUUAACUCAUGCGUCAAUAAAACGAACUUACAAAAUG